GUUGUGGUCUUCUUGUUGAUUUGAUGAAAAAAGCCGUGCAGACGAAAAAUUAUACCGAGCUGGACAACGCGAUCAAAACCCAAGUGGAACCGAUGCUGUACAACAAGGGYGAAGGCAGAAUGAUACCGAUUGCCAAACUCGUGUUACUGAGAAAUCGUGAUCGUUCCCGAGCAAGAUGGGUGUUCAUUAUUACUGAACGGGAGAAUACCAUCAACAUUCAAUGUGUCAACAGCAGUAUAACUUGUGCUGCGUACCCCCUGACCCAAAUUGACACCAUCGACAACGACACGGGGCAGAUCAGCAGAAACUCAGCACUCAACUUGGUCGUAUUUGGCGAAAGUCCAGAACACUUGGAGAUGAUGGACGGUGUGUUGGUGGAUCUGCUAAAUGCUAAAUGGAACGCUUUCGUGAAAUUCCGGUUCUAUAGGCAAUUCAUCUUGUUCGCGUUUUACUUUUCAAUAUCCAUGGUAUGUUUCGUGCUGCGUCCCGGACCACCGCCCACCGGUCAUAAGCCGCCAUUAAUCAACUACACUUCCACGUCGACCACGGUGGCCACCACGCCAUUUGACUUCGUGGACAACGAAUCCAUGUUGCCCGACAACGUCAUAUACGACGAGAUGAUGAUCGGUGKUGGUGGUCCGACCGAAUUCGACACGGGGAUAACCACGGAAAUGGCGAUGGUCAACGAGAACGCCAAUGCCAAUAACGGUAGCAAUAUCAGGACGCCACUGAUCUACGAUGACGGUGGUGUGAGUGUUGGGAGUGGGACCGUAAGCUUGCACGGAAAGAGUUCGGGUUCGGACAGGGGCAAACACAGGAGCACGUGGAAUCCGGCCAACCAUACGUUCAAGACCAACUACACGUACAACUACAACAAAUCGAGAAAAUUUUGGUGGAACAAGCGUCAAAAGGUGUGCAGAUUAAUGGUUGUGCACUCGACUGACGAUUUAAUCAGAAUGGGAUCGGAAGUGGGAAUGUUUGUAGGAGCCUUCCUCUAUCUACUAGCCGCCGUCAGGGAAGCUGGUUUUUUGGGCACGCAGAUGUUCAUUGAAAACUUGGCCAUAGCACCGGCAAGAGUGAUGUUUCUGUUCUCGUGCCUCCUCAUGAUGACCAUACCACCGCUAAGAAUGAUGUGCUACGACAAAGCCGAAGACAUAAUAGCCGUAAUUAUCAUGUUGACCACUUGUCCGUACUUUUUGUUCUUCUGCAGGGGUUUCAAAACUGUUGGGCCGUUCGUGGUGAUGAUCUAUAGGAUGGUGAUGGGAGACUUGCUGAGGUUCGUUUCCAUUUACAUGGUGUUUGUGAUGGGAUUUUCGCAAGCUUAUUACGUGAUUUUCCUGUCUUAUGACAAUCCGCUGACGCCAGAGGGAAUUGACGACUCCGUGCUGAACCCGAUGCCCACGCCGACCGAGUCCAUCAUGGCGAUGUUUCUCAUGUCCGUCAACACGUUCACAGAUUACUACACGGCGUUCGACAAGACCAGUCACACGUUGGUCGCAAAGUUUUGCUUUAUAGUUUUCAUGGUAAUCGUGGCCAUAUUGCUGGUGAACAUGUUAAUCGCCAUGAUGGGCAACACUUAUCAAAAGAUCGCCGAGACCAGAAACGAAUGGCAGAGACAAGAUGAAGACAAGGAGCAAAUGAAAGAGAUAUUGGAAAUGAAACGCAUUCACAAUCGGUAUGUUGAAAGAAUGCGUGCUAGAGACCUGAGCAGCAAACUAACGUCUUCGUGCGGAAAAAAUGCAAAUAAUGGGACAAUUAAUCUAAAAGCAAAUAAAUAA